CCCCAUGCCAUUGGCGGGAGCGGAGGCUGUUCCGGCAGAGCGCGGCGCGGAUUGGCGGUUCGCGGCGGCCUUCGGCAGCAUGGCGGGCGGCGGGGCCUGGCGGCCGCCGCGGUCGUGCGAGGACUACUGGUGGGAGUGGAAGCACUGCCGCGGGUUGCGGCACGCCUUCCACCACUACUACGCGCACGGGGAGCUGCCGGUCUGCGACCGCUGGCGAGACGACUACGAGGCCUGCCGCGCCUGGGAGAAAGGCCACUCGCCCGCCGCGCAGGAAGCUUUGUGCAAGAGUGAAAGAGCUCGGGUUAUGGAACAACAGAAAUACACUCCAGUGUGGGAACUCAGGAAGAAACCACCACCUGACUGGUACCUUCCACUUGACCAAGACAAACCAAAUUAGCAACACCAUUUUGCUGUGUUUGGUCAGAUUAUGCUGGGGUUUUCUCCUAUGUCAUCUUGAAAUCAUACAAACAUAGCUCAUAUCUGAACUACUUUGUUUGUUAAAACAGCCAGUAUUUUUUAAAGGGAGAAUUGAGCUGCUUAGUUUGA